AUGUUCGACAAAAUCCAAUUCCCACAAUAUGUGGCCUUACGACUACCUUCUGGCACUGUCAAGGUCGAACAAAUAACGCCUAACACCUUGAUUAGUUUAGGAAAAUAUGGCUCGUUCCAUUCCAAUCAGAUCAUUGGUCGACCAUAUUACUUGACCUUUGAGACUUUGGACCGCGCAGAGCAGAAGGACGGACGGGAUCUUCGCGUGGUCAAAGCCUCGGAAAUCCAUGCUGAGACAAUCCUCGAGGAAGCAGAACCUGAUCUAGGCGAAGAUGAUUCUGUAUCAACGCCUAAUGCUGGUCAAUUCGAUGAAUAUGGCCUGCCACUCACAACCGACAAAUCCAACGUCAACAUCAUCGACGAUCCGAACAAUCAAAAGCUCACAUACGACGAGAUAGAGGCGUUGAAGUCGGACAAAAUGUCCAACCCCAAAGAACUCAUCACGAAAAUCAUGGCGAACCACGCUCAGCUCGAUCAGAAAACUGCAUUCUCCUUGGCAAAAUAUACCUUACGAAAGCAGAAAAAGUACAUGAAAAGGUUUACUGUCAUACCGCUUGAUGUCUGUGCACUAACCACUUUCCUUAUGGAGGAGAAGGAUUUCACCAGAAUCUUAGAGAUCAGGAACGAGACGUUAGGCUUGAUGGGUAGUUGGGCGAACGUUCAUGCAUCUGGGCCAGCAUUAGAGCAGGAAGAAUCUAGGUGCCGAUAUUUAAUGGUCGAUGAUACAGGUGGUCUGCUGGUUGCCGCUGUCGCAGAACGGAUGGGGAUACUACAUCAUCAACAACCCACUCAGAGUGAACCCAGUCCUACUCACCCACACAAGCCCAAGGUAGAAGGAGUGCCCACCGAGAUGCAAGAUGAAGCACAAAUUGAGGCGCCGUCUAUUCAGCGUCCUCGAAGACAACGUUACGAUCAUACGCUUGCGACCUCAAAUACGAUUACUCUCGUUCAUGCAAAUCAGCAACCGAACCUUUCCCUUCUCCGAUAUUUCGCCUUCGAUCACACACAGCCCCCUUCAUCCGUGGAACCAAACCCUCAUCAGCUGCAUACACACCUACAAACAUUGACCUGGCUCCAACUCCUGCAACCCGAAGCCGACAGUACUUACUCGUCUGAACCACCAGUUCGUACUUCCGAAGAACUCAGUGCACUAAAACCAAAUCACCGCUCCAACUACUAUCGUAAGCGGAGAAGAUGGGCCCGAACGAAGCAGGUAGUCGAUACAGCGCGUGCCGGAGGCUUCGACGGGCUGAUAGUAGCGACUUACAUGGAUCCCAUCAGUGUGCUGAAGCAUCUUGUGCCACUGCUCAGGGGUGGGGCACAAGUUGUCGUCUAUUCGCCGACUAUUGAGCCACUGAUGGAGGUUUGCGAUGUAUACUCUACUGCGAGACGAACAGCGUAUUUGCAAGAGAUGCGCAGAAGACAAGCGUUGAGCUUGGAUGGGACGGCUGAUGAGACGAAGGAAACAUCACAGAAAGAGGACAACACUGGUAGAAUGGAAGUAGGAGACGAGGACGAUAAAGCAAGAGCCGAUGAAACAAGGGAUACAGCGUCCGGGCAGGAACUUCCCGUGCUUGACGAUGCUCGCUUCCCAGCUGAUCCAACGUUGUUAUUGACCCCUGCACUUCACCACUCCUAUGCUCGACAGUGGCAAGUAUUGCCAGGACGUACACAUCCUUUGAUGACGGCGAAGGGAGGCGCAGAAGGUGGAUAUGUUCUAGUGAGCACAAGAGUCAUUCCAUUACAAGGUGUAAUUGUACAAGCUCGUGGUAAGCCGGGACGAGCGAAGAAGAGGACUGGAGCUGGACUUGACCAGGCCACAUCUGCAGGCACACCCAUUGAUAAUGGUAACAACGACAAUUUGGGGGGACAGGCAUCGAAAAGAACAAAGGUGGAAAACGACACGGCGGCAUGA